AUGACUUUGAAAUACUGGGGAAAGAGAGAUAAGGAUCUCAAUCUACCAACAAACUCCUCCAUCAGUGUCACAUUGUCCCAGAAGGACUUGAGAACCCUGACCACUGCUUCGUGUUCUGAGUCGUUCGAGAAAGACUCACUUUGGCUUAAUGGCGAGUCCCACUCGUUGGAUACCCCAAGAACACAACAGUGUUUGAAGGAUCUCAGACAAUAUAGAAAGGAGCUCGAAACUGCAGACUCGUCACUUCCAAAAUUGAGCGAGAUGAAGUUGCACAUUGUGAGCGAAAAUAAUUUCCCAACAGCCGCUGGUCUUGCAUCCUCAGCUGCUGGCUUUGCUGCACUGAUCUCUGCUAUUGCCAGGCUGUACGAGCUGCCUCAAUCCGCCUCAGACCUGAGUAAGAUCGCAAGAAAGGGUUCUGGAUCGGCUUGUAGAUCUCUGUUUGGAGGUUACGUUGCUUGGGAAAUGGGAGAACUCGCAGACGGUCACGACUCCAAGGCCGUGGAGGUGGCUCCACGCAGCCAUUGGCCAGAUAUGAAGGCGUGUAUCUUGGUGGUGUCUGAUGAUAAGAAGGACGUUCCAAGUACCAGCGGAAUGCAAUUGACUGUUAAAACUUCCUCGCUCUUCCAGCAUCGUGUCGACAAGGUUGUUCCCGAGAGAUUCGAGCAGAUGAAGAAGUCCAUCAGAGAUACAGAUUUCCAGACUUUCGCAGAGCUCACCAUGAAAGACUCGAACUCGUUCCAUGCAACCUGUUUGGACUCUUAUCCACCAAUUUUUUAUUUGAACGAUGUCUCCAAAAGAAUCAUUAAGCUAAUCAACUUAUUAAAUGAAUCGGCCGGAGAAAUCAUUGCUGCCUACACGUAUGAUGCUGGUCCAAAUGCCGUUAUCUACUACGAGGAGAAGAACGAGGCAAAAGUUUUGGGGUUGUUGCAUGCAGUGUUUGGCUCGGUCGACGGCUGGAGCAAGGCGGAUUCAACUUCCUUUAUUGCACCAUCGUUCGAGGUGGAGGCAUCAUGGGGCGCCGGUGUCUCGCGUGUUAUUCUUACUGAAGUUGGGGAAGGCCCACAAGAUUCGCAAGAGGUCCUUAUCAACACAGAUACUGGCUUGCCAAAAUAA